CUUUAAAAGACAGGAUGAAGAGCGCCGUUACUAGGCGACCAUGCUGCACUACACAUCCACGGAUCUAACAUCACAUCCAUGGACUAUACAUUUCCUUUAUUUUAACCAGCCACGCAUAUUUCAGCAGAUAAAUCCGCGACCUUUACGAAGACAAUUCACCUCUAAACCGUACAGCCAUGCCGCCUCCAGACACGAUGUUCUGUGCCCAGCAAAUCAGCAUCCCACCCGAGCUGCCCAACCUCCUCAAGAACUUCACCAAGGCAGCCAUCCGAACGCAGCCCAAGGACUUGCUGCUGUGGUCUUCAACAUACUUCCAUGCAUUGUGUAAAGGAGAGAGUUUGCCUCUGAAAGACCAUUUGGAGAUCGUUGCCACCCAGAAGACAGACACUGGGCUGACUCCAGGUCUGCUUAAGACUCUUCACAAACAGCUGUCCCAGAAGACAACUUGCAGCAAGGAGGAACUGCAGAAGAAAUGGGAGGGUCUGUGUUUACCAUCGGAUCAGAUGGAGACCCUGCUGUCGCUGGGCAGCUUCAGCUCAGACAUUGACUGGAUGGAGUUUUUCGCCCUGGGCUGCAGCGCUCUGGGAGGGACCCUCAGGAGUUCUCUGAAGUUCGCCUGUGAGAUCCUGACAGAGGAUGAGGAGGACGGCGCCGCCAUGAUCCCGUUUGACACCUUUGUGAAAAUUUACACUUAUCUUGCUCGCCUGGAUGGGGACGUGCCACAAGACCACAUUGACGACUUCCUCAGCAGCCUGCAGCCACAAGUGGAGCUCCAACAUGGGAUGAUAAAACCUCUGGACUUCAUCCACCAGGACAACAUGGACUGAACCUCCUGACUCAUCAGACCUGAACAAGGACAGGGAAAAACACAUGUAUGCGUAUCUCCACUUUUGACGUUGAAUUGUUUCUCUAAUAGUUAGGUCCAUUUAGCGAAAAGACAUGGAUUCUAAUUCAAAAGCCCAGCCGUAAUUGCUAGUUUCAUGACAGUUCACUUCUCCAUUUUAAAAACUUGCUGAUUCGACGUGGAAACGUGGAAGGAUGGGCCAUGAGCUGAGAGCGAACACAUUAGUUUUAGUGUGCAUCUGGAAAAAGGGGCACAACCAGAAUUUUUCUUUCACCUUCUUUGACAUUUAAUUUUUGGGCCUUUUCAUCAAAUGAGUGUGUAUAAGUCGAAUUUGAAUAUCCAGGGCUUACGGACACUUGGAUGACACCACAGGAGCCGUAUGGAGGCAUUUUAUGUUUUUUUCUGUUGUUUUUUUUUCCUUUUGAAGAAUUGGUCACCAUUUACUUCAAUUGUAUUGGAUUUGGCUGCAA